CAUGACGUCGCACUCAGCGCGACGUGAGCGUGUCAUAAAGCCCGUCGCUGGGGAGACAGGGUGCUUGUCUGACUUCCCGGGCGGUCAGUUACCAUGGGGGUCUUGGUGGGCGCAAUUGAUCAAGGCACUAGCUCCACUCGGUUCAUGGUCUUUGAUCCUAAGACAUCUAAAGUUGUUGCUCAACACCAAGUGGAAAUUACACAUCAUCUUCCAAGGGCAGGAUGGGUAGAAGAGGAGCCCAAGGAAAUUUUGCAUUCUGUUGUGGAAUGUAUUGAGAAGACAUGCGACAAACUGAAAUAUCUUGGGAUAGAAACUUCCGAUAUUAAAGCUAUUGGAAUCAGCAAUCAAAGAGAAACAACAAUCGUGUGGGAUAAAAUCACUGGAUCUCCACUCUACAAUGCAAUUGUGUGGCUCGACCUCAGGACACAGUCAACUGUGGAAAAGCUUAUUAACCAACAUCCGGAGAAAAACAAAAAUGUUCUUCAGGCACAAACUGGCCUUCCAAUCAGCACCUAUUUCAGUGCUGUGAAACUGCGGUGGCUGCUUGACAAUGUGGAAGGUAUUAAGAACGCGGUAGCCAAUAACCGGGCUCUGUUUGGAACUGUUGAUUCUUGGCUUAUUUGGUGUCUGACAGGUGCAAACAAUGGUGGUGUUCACUGCACAGAUGUGACCAAUGCUAGUAGAACUUUGCUGUUCAACAUCAAUACCCUUGAGUGGGAUCCUCAACUCUGCAAGUUCUUUGAUGUACCAAUGAGCAUUCUUCCAGAAGUAAGAAGUUCAUCGGAAAUUUAUGGAUACGUGAAAGGUGGGACACUGACCAAUGUGCCCAUUUCAGGAUGUUUAGGUGACCAAUGUGCUGCCUUGGUUGGGCAAUUGUGUUUUAAACCUGGAGAUUCAAAAAAUACAUACGGCACAGGCUGUUUCCUCUUGAGUAACACAGGACAGAAGCCGGUGUUCUCUAAACAUGGCCUUCUGACAACGGUAGCGUAUAAAUUAGGCAAGAACAAGCCUGCACACUAUGCACUGGAAGGAUCAGUCGCUAUAGGUGGUGCUGUAGUGCGAUGGUUGCGAGAAAAUCUUCGAAUCAUUAAUUCAGCUGAGGAAGUUGAAAAGCUCGCUGCAUCUGUGGGUUCCUCUCAUGGUUGCUAUUUUGUUCCAGCCUUCUCGGGGUUAUAUGCACCAUAUUGGGAACCUAGUGCAAGAGGAAUAAUUUGUGGCAUUACCCAGUUUACAAAUAGAAAUCACAUUGCAUUUGCUGCUUUAGAAUCUGUUGCCUUUCAAACACGUGAGCUUCUUGAGGCCAUGAACAAAGACGCUGGGAUCAAACAGACACAUCUCAGAGUAGACGGAGGAAUGACCAGCAACAAGAUAAUGCUGCAACUUCAAUCAGAUAUACUUGGUAUACCAGUUGUGAAAGCAAGCAUGGCACAAACAACUGCACUAGGAGUAGCCAUGGUGGCUGGUGCUGCAGAUGGUAUUGGAGUCUGGAAUCUGCCAAAAGACGGUUCCUCAAUCUCAGACUGGGAAAAAUUUGAACCACAGAUAGAGAUUGAAGAGAGCAACAAACGGUUUCAUCGCUGGAAGUUAGCAGUACAAAAAUCAAUAGGCUGGGUGGAGCAAGGUGACGAGGAUUUUGAUGGACAGGGAAUACGGCCGUUCCUCAAAGCUACCACUGUGCCAUUUUCCUCAUGAAUUGUUUGCCUUCCAAUAUUUGGACACAGCAAAUUAAAGCAUUCAUUGAAAGUGCCUUUUAGGUAUUAUCAAGAUGCAGAAAUGAAUGCUGGUACUUUAAUUGCAGGAUUUAGUAGAGAAAACCAAUGUAAGAAUUGUGAAGGAACAUUAAAUCGACAAGCAGGAUAAAGUAUUGCUGUGGAAUUAUUAAAUGACUAUAUAAAAUUUAAGUUCAGGAUUUGCAAUUUUGCACUCUUAAUCUGAGACUGUAUCACUGAUUUGAUGCUGAAUUUGAACGGGUUAAAUCCUAACAUUCAUCACCUGCUCAUCUUACUGAAGAGUCCUUUAUGAAAGUGUGUCUUCCAAAAAAUGGAUUUGGGACAGAAAUGGCUUAAGGACACAAGGAAUUUAGUGAAAUGAGAAACUGAAUGGAGAUGCAGUAUAGAGAAGGGGAGAAAUUGGUCAUUAAAUGCACAGUAGAAUUAGAAUGCUACUUGAAAUCAACUACAUGAUCAACUUUUAUGGUAGAAUCAAGUUACUGCAGUUAAUUAUGAUAUUAAGUGCUGUGAUCUCCUGGAGAGAUUUCACAUAAAGCCCUUGGAAAUUUAGAUAACAAAUGUAUUUGUUAACUUUUGCAUAAAUUAUUGAAUGCGAACUAAGUCCAGAUUGACAAAUCAUAACUUUUUGUUAAACUACAGUAUUUGAAUGAAAUUCAAAUACAAUAUGGUUCAGGGCACUUUUGGAAUGAUUAGACUUGGUUCACCUGCUUCAGGAAUAUAAAGAAUUGACAAUAUUAAGCCAGGAUUCUAAAGGAAAAUUAAUAUCAGAUUAUAAAAUGGAUGCUUUGAAAAUAAUUCUGUAUGUUGCUUGAAAGCUUAUCAAAUCACCUGAUUGGAAUUCUUCAGUCUGACUCUACAAAAAUGUACUUGAGUUCAGAUUGCAAUAUGUUUUUAUUUUUUAAUUCCUUGUAAGUAAAAUAAUAGUUGAUUCUUGACAGAAGAAGCACCAGUUGUGCCGUAAUGUGUAACCUUGUAAAGACAUAGAGUAAUCAAACGUCAGUGGAAUAUUAUUUACUUUUGUCUACAUUUGGCUUAAUGGCAACUCAUUAUAUCCUUUGUACAGGAAAAUACUUUGCAAAAUGACAAAUUCCUUUAAUCAUCUGUAUUGCUGUUUCCCCCCCCCCCUCAAAAAAAUGCAUUUAUAGGUGGGUCUGAAAGUUAACAUUUCAUCCAAGGGUAAUAGUCAAAUGACCCAACAGGUUCAGCCCAAUAGUUCAACCAUCCUUCAAGGCUCCUUGAGUUGUUGGAUCUUAUGGUCUUGUAAGAGUGCAUAAUAUAUUUAAGGAGCUGUCUCUUGGCUCCUCACUAAUUGAGAAUUUAUUAGUUAACCCUCAGAUGCCCCGUGUCUUGAGAUAGUACUUUAUAGAGAAUAUUCAAUGUAAUGUCCAUUUGGCGUGGAAAUAUUCGGCAAAGGAAUAAGAGUCAGAUUCUUGCAACACUAGUGAAGAGGAAGAAAUUAGAACUGCAAGAAUUUUGAAAUGUUUUUGAAAAUCUCCAGCUCUGUGCAUUUCAUUUCACUUACAGCACCUGUUUUGCAUGUAUUGGCAGUAGGCAACUAAAUCUCCUCACUUAGGUGGAUCACCUGCUUUUCAAGCUGUGACUGGUGCUCACCAGAUCCAGGCAUGUGAAUUGUGCAUGUCUUUGCUCAUAUAAUUGAAAGCUAUGUAAGGGAAUGAAUAGAAUGUGGGUUGUUUCUAAACUGAGCUAUGUAGAUGAAAUAGUUAUUGUGACAAAUAUCCUAUCUUAAUGCUUGAAAAUUGGAGGAAACAAAUUUCUCAGAGGAAAAUGUAUUUCAAAUUAAAUUUUUUAUGAAAUGCUGGUUUCUUUGUGCAUGUAUUUUAAACUUAAUAAAGUUGGGUAUAUCAAC